GCCGGCUCGGUGGGCUCGAGGGGAGACGCACGCACGCGCACAGGACUCGGCGACGAGCUCUCGAGACACCGAGGAGGGGAGUGAGCGGCGUCGGAGGAGGCAUUAGAGGAGGAGAUUGCUAUGGAAAUAUAUGACCACAUAAAAGGAAGUGUAUUCUGAGAAUUCUGAUACCUGAAAUGUAAGUGGACUGACUGAAGAGUCAAACAGGAAAAAAGUUCAGUGCCAACCUUAGUUAUAAUGGCUACUGAUUCUGGGGAGCCAACUAGCACAGAAGAUUCUGAGAAACCUGAUGGGGUUUCCUUUGAAAACAGGGUUGUUCAGAUUGCUGCACCUCUGAUUGUAGAAGCUAGAAUGAAGGAAAAAACAAGCACCUUCUCUGCUGCCGGGGAAACCAUUGAAAGAAAGAGAUUUUUCCGAAAGAGCGUUGAGAUGACUGAAGAUGACAAAGUUGCUGAAUCUUCCCCUAGAGAUGAAAGAAUAAAGGUUGCAACAAACAUUUCAAGAGUAGAUAAGCUUCCUACCAAUGUGCUGAGAGGUGGACAAGAAGUUAAAUAUGAGCAGUGUUCAAAGGCAACCUCAGAAUCCUCAAAAGAUUGCAUCAAGGACAAAAAUGAAAAGGAAAUGGAAGAAGAAGCAGAAAUGAAGGCUGUAGCAACUUCCCCUAGCGGCAGGUUCCUGAAAUUUGAUAUAGAGCUGGGAAGAGGAGCAUUUAAGACAGUAUAUAAAGGACUGGACACUGAAACAUGGGUUGAAGUUGCUUGGUGUGAACUACAGGACCGCAAAUUAACUAAAGCUGAGCAGCAACGGUUCAAAGAAGAAGCAGAGAUGUUGAAAGGCCUCCAGCAUCCCAAUAUAGUUCGAUUUUAUGAUUCCUGGGAGUCUAUAUUAAAAGGAAAGAAAUGUAUUGUGUUAGUGACUGAACUAAUGACAUCAGGAACCUUAAAGACGUACUUAAAACGAUUUAAAGUCAUGAAGCCAAAGGUCUUAAGAAGUUGGUGCAGACAAAUUUUAAAAGGAUUGCAGUUCUUGCACACAAGGACCCCUCCUAUUAUUCACCGGGAUCUGAAAUGUGACAACAUUUUUAUCACAGGACCCACUGGAUCUGUGAAGAUUGGUGAUCUGGGACUUGCAACCUUAAUGCGCACAUCAUUUGCUAAGAGUGUCAUUGGCACUCCUGAGUUUAUGGCUCCAGAGAUGUAUGAAGAACACUAUGAUGAAUCUGUAGAUGUUUAUGCUUUUGGAAUGUGUAUGUUGGAAAUGGCUACUUCAGAGUAUCCAUAUUCCGAGUGCCAGAAUGCAGCUCAAAUAUACCGUAAAGUAACCAGUGGCAUAAAACCAGCCAGCUUCAAUAAAGUCACAGACCCUGAAGUAAAAGAAAUAAUUGAAGGAUGUAUUCGACAAAACAAAUCUGAAAGGUUAUCUAUCAAGGACCUACUAAAUCAUGCAUUCUUUGCUGAGGAUACUGGACUGAGGGUGGAGUUAGCAGAGGAAGAUGAUUGUUCAAAUUCAUCCCUGGCCCUAAGACUCUGGGUUGAAGAUCCUAAAAAAUUAAAAGGCAAACAUAAAGACAAUGAAGCUAUUGAAUUCAGUUUCAAUUUAGAAACAGAUACACCCGAGGAAGUAGCAUAUGAAAUGGUCAAGUCUGGAUUCUUCCAUGAAAGUGAUUCUAAAGCUGUUGCUAAGUCCAUUAGGGACCGCGUGACACUGAUAAAAAAGAUAAGGGAAAAGAAGCCUGCUGGAUGCUUGGAGGAAUGCAGGGAUUCCCAGUGCAAGUAUGUGGGGAAUGUAUUUCCUCAGCAGCCGACUACAACUUUACCACCUGCUCCUGGUACACAGACUGUGGCUGAAUGUGAAGAAACAGAAGUUGAUCAACAUGUUCGACAGCAAAAUCUACAGGGAAAACCACAGCAGCAGUGCUCCUCUGUAAGAGGUGAUACUUCAUCUGAGGCAGCAGCUGGACCAGUUCUACAUUCAGAUACUUCAAGUCUUCCCACUGUAGCCUAUUCUUCAAACCAGACAACUAACUCUCAGGUAGUGUCUAGUAUCCUACAGACUGACAUAAGUGUUCAAGGGCAAAUCUAUUCUUCUCACCAACUGGUAGGACAUUGCCAGCAAAUUUCAGGGAUGAGGGAAUUACUACUCUAUUUUACAUAUUGGAGAGUUUAUCUAUUUUCUUCUAUUUACCAGUUGCAAGAGCAGCCAAAGCUGACUGAGUCCCCAGUUUUGCCUGUGGUACAAGGUCAGUCUUCUGUUAUGCCCAUAUAUGCCGUUGGACAUGCAGUUGUUACACAGUCUCAAAUUUCUCCAUUAACUAUCCAGAAGGUCUCACAGAUAAAGCCUGUGUCCCAACCAGUAGGAGCUGAACAACAAGCAGCUCUUCAAAAUCCAGAUUUUGUUCGAAGCUUGAAUCACGAUGUGACAAGUGUGAAAGAAAACACUAAUAACCCUGAUCACCCAAAUGGGAAUGGCAAACAGGAUCGGGUCAAACAGAGAAGAGCCUCCUGUCCCCGACCAGAGAAGGGGACUAAAUUUCAGCUUAUUGUCCUUCAGGUAUCAGUCUCUGGAGACAACAUGGUGGAGUGUCAACUAGAAACACACAACAACAAGAUGGUCACUUUCAAGUUUGAUGUCGAUGGUGAUGCACCUGAAGAUAUUGCAGACUAUAUGGUUGAAGAUAACUUUGUGCUGGAAAAUGAGAAAGAAAAAUUUGUAGAAGAAUUGAGGGCUAUUGUAGGUCAAGCCCAGGAGAUCCUUCAUGUCCACUCAGCUGCAGAAAAAUCUAUUGGUGUUGACUCUGUUGCCUUGGAAUCCAAUAGUAACCAAACAGGAUCAUCUGAACAAGUACUGAUAAAUUCUGCAUCCACUCAAACCAGCAAUGAAUCAGUUCCUCAGUCAUCCCCAGUUGGUCGGUGGCGGUUUUGUAUCAACCAAACUAUAAAACAUCGUGAGGCACAGUCUCCUCCUUCCCUUCAGCCUUCUGUGGCUAUAGUUCCUGGGUUACAUCCAUUUUCUAGUUCAAGAAACACAAGUAAUCAGGAAAUAUCACAGGACACAUUGUUCACUAUAGAGAAUAAUCCAGGCCAGCAUGUAAUUUUCACCUCUAAAUCAGAACACAAGGAUGUGGUUGAUGGUAAUAUUUCUGAAUGUGCUACUGGAGAAACUGAGCAGCCACCUAUUCUCUAUCAAGUGGAAGAUGACAGACAGAUAAGGGCACCAGCUACUGAUCAUUCCAAUGAUUCUGCUACUUUGGUAUGUCCAGUUUCAGUUGAAUGUGAGGCACUCACCAGCCAAGCAGGAAUGUUCAUACCUACCCAUCCAUGUCAGCAAGCUGCUGUUCUGGCAUUUGUAUCUUCUGAUCAAAAGCCUCAACCAACUAUAGAUGCAGAGUUCAUUUCCCAAGAAGUAGAAACCACAGUGAACACUGAAACAAGUUCUCCUAAGGCAGUCCUUGCAACUCAGACUCCUGGCUUUGAACCAGCUACACAUCUUCCUGCUACUGUCCUGGAAUCAGAUGGGGAACGACCUCCAAAAAUGGAGUUUGCAGACAACCGAAUUAAAACGCUGGAUGAAAAAUUAAGAAACCUGCUCUAUCAGGAGCACAGCAUUUCUAGCAUUUAUCCUGAGAGUCAGAAGGAUACUCAAAGCAUAGACUCUCCAUUUUCUUCCUCUGCUGAAGAUAUACUAUCCUAUUCAAUGCCAGAAAUCAUAGCUGUCAGUCACUGUGGGAUUCAAGAUAGUCCCGCACAAUCUCCGAAUUUCCAACAGACAGGCUCUAAGAUUCCGUCCAAUGCAGCUGCAAGUCAGCCUGCUAAUAUAUCAGUGUUCAAAAGAGACUUGAAUGUGAUAACUUCUGUACCCAGCGAGUUAUGUUUACACGAGAUGUCCUCAGAUGCUUCACUUCCAGGGGAUCCAGAGGCCUAUCCUGCUGCUGUGUCAAGCGAUGGAACCAUUCAUCUGCAGACAGGAGGUGGAUAUUUUGGCCUAAGCUUUACUUGUCCUAGUCUCAAAAAUCCUAUUAGCAGGAAAUCCUGGACUCGAAAAUUAAAAAGCUGGGCAUACAGGCUACGGCAGUCAACCAGCUUUUUCAAGAGAUCAAAAGUCCGUCAAGUGGAAACAGAAGAUAAAAGAUCAGCAAUUGCUUCUGAUCCCAUUCCUCUACCACGGGAGUUCUCAGCUGAUACUAGGGCUUUAAGUAGAUGCAAAGCAGUGAGUGGAUCAUUUCAGCGGGGCCGCUUCCAGGUGAUUACAGUUCCUCAGCAGCAGUCAGUGAAAAUGAUGUCUUUUGGAAAGGAACACAGACCUCCAUUCAAGAAAACAACAGUCCAGUCCAGUGAACAAGCAGCAGCCUUUGCUGAAACUUCAGUAUCUCAGUUGAUCGAAGUGGAACCUGCCAUGCCCACUCCUAAAGCGUCAGAUUCUUCACGAAAGUUACGAACUCUUUAUGAAACUUUUAAAGAAGAUAAAAGAGAGCCUGAACAAGGUGACAUCUUCUUAUCUUUCAGCACAGCUUGUGAAACCAGUGUGUCUUCAGUGACUACAGAAAAGAACUUGGAAGAAACUUCAACUACAGGAAUCAGUGUGCAUUCUGGGUCUGAACUGUUAGAUAAAGAAAAAGAGGAAUUGACUCCUGGGAAACAGCCAUAUGAAUUUUCGGCCCCUCUUGCUGGUAAUGGAAAGUCAGUGGCAAAAUGUGGUUCAAAGAGUGAUCAGUAUUUACCACUCAGUAAAGAGCAAGCCUAUGUUCAAACACAGAGUUCACUCUUCUAUUCUCCAUCUUCACCAAUGAGCAGUGAUGAUGAAUCAGAAAUUGAGGACGAGGACUUGAAAGUAGAGCUUCAAAAAUUACGAGAAAAACACAUUCAGGAGGUGGUCAAUCUCCAAACACAGCAGAAUAAAGAGCUGCAGGAGCUCUAUCAACGCCUUCGAGCAACUAAAGAUAGCAAAGUGCAAUCUUCAGAGAUUCCUUCAUCACCUGCUUCACCACGUCGGCCAAGAUCUUUCAAAAGUAAACUCCGAAGCCGCCCUCAAUCUUUGACACAUUCAGACAAUGUCAUUGUUGUAAAAGAUGCUCUGUGUGUGGAGAGUAAUACAGCGUCACGCCAACAAUCUUCAGCCAGUAAAAAGGGGAUGUUCACAGAUGAUUUACACAAGUUGGUGGAUGAUUGGACAAAGGAAACAGUAGGAAAUUUUCCUAGUAAGCCAAGUUUAAACCAACUCAAACAGAGCCAACAAAAAUUAGAGACAGAAAACUGGAACAAAGUAUAUGAAAGUGCUCCAUCUACUAUGGGCUACACAUCAACAUGGAUAUCUUCUCUCUCCCAAAUUCGUGGAGCUGUCCCAACUUCCUUACCACAAGGACUCCCACUCCCUUCAUUUCCUGGGCCAUUAUCAUCAUAUGGAAUGCCCCAUGUUUGUCAGUAUAAUGCUGUAGGGGCCACGGGGUAUCCAGUACAGUGGGUAGGAAUUUCGGGAACAGCACAGCAGUCUGUAGUGGUUCCUGCCCAAUCUGGGGGACUCUUCCAGCCCGGGAUGAAUUUGCAGGCAUUUCCAGCUUCACCAAUGCAGAAUCCGGCAUCAAUCCCUCCUGGUCCUAAGUGAAUCCAAAUAGAUGCUGAAACAAGGGGAGAGGACUUUCAUCAAACACCUGUGAUACUAAACCUUCUUCUUGAGUUCUGCCGUAUUUUCUCUCAUUUGAGCCCACUUUCAACUGUGUUUUUUGUUGUUCCAAUGUGAUAUUUGGUACAGCUCAUCAUUCUGUAGUAAUGUGCGCUUUGCACAUAGAAUACUGCACACAGAAAUGUUUUUCACUUCAAAUCCUAUCCUCUUUGAUACUUGAUUUUUAAAAAAUACUGUUCAGAAUGCUUUAAUAAGCUCAGUUUGAGUGUUACCAUUUCCAGGACACUUUCAUGUGUUGCAGAGAAGCUCUCAGCCCACUUUUUUAUGCUGCUACCAGCAGUUGUAUAAUACUUUUCUUUAAAGUGUGUAAAAACUAUGUAGAUUGGUUCUCCCCAAAUGUGGAUGAGGUAAGACUCUCCAAUUGCCAGUCUUGUGGGAUUUGUCACAACUGUCUUGGGUUUACUUUUCACAGAAGGCAGUAAGUAACUGGCUGCAGGAAAUGUUUUGAUGUAUAACUUUAGUAUACUUUUGUCAAGCAGUACAAAACAUGAGUGUUUUUAAUGUGAUUUUCUUCCCGUCAUCACAGCAGUAGGAGUGAGGGGUUGUUUUAGGUGAGGCGGAGGGAAAGAAAAAAACAGAACUGUAACAGUUCCUUGAACCUACAGCUACUAGAGCUGCUUUUGGGUUCCAGUAAUAACCCAAAGCAGCCAUUUUUUUCUCAUGUGCACACUGCUUUGGUUUUGAGCAUCUGAGAGGCACUGACUUGGCUUGCAUUCUUUUGCUAGGUAUUGCAGCUGAUGUGAAUCUCAUUUGGGGUAGUCCUUGUAAUCCUAAACAAGGAGAUUCAGGUUAACACUUCUGUCAAUCCAUUCUUCUAAAGUGAAAUGUACUUGACACAUUAGGGUUUGUAGCUUUUGAGACUUUUACAUAAAACACUGGCUUUACAGGGUUCUAAGAAAUGUAGGAUACACAGCAUCCUGCAGUGAAAUAGUACACCCUAGGAUGAUAUUAUUUCAAUUGCCUUUAACCUUUUUUGAUGACAGUUUUUUGGUUGUUAUAAUUUCUUACUAGUAUCUAUAGUCUUAGACCAUUUUAGAUGUUAGAUGUGUUUGUCAGCCUCUUGAAAAUUUGAGAGAAUUCACUGUCAAGUUGCACUUUACUGGGUUUUAUCCAGUUUUAGGAGGAAAGGAGGCAGUGUCAAAAUGUACGCCUUUGGUUUUUAGGAAGGUUAACUUCAGUAAUCUUAAAGGCUAGUCACAGGGUUACGUAAUAUUCAGUCUGUGAAACCCAAAUAGAAUUUUUACAUGCUAUAUUAUCAGCUACUAAGUACACAUGUUCAAGUGACUUAACAUUCACUGAAGCUUUGGAAGUCGUUUCUAAUAUGUUUUUCUAUUUAAGAAUUCUCUUGGUAACCAUUCCAAAUUGUGUUCAGUGUUUCUGUUAACAGAUUUUCCUCCAUGUUCCUCUAAAAAAACUUACCCCCAUGGCCUUGCCGGGAAGCUAGAAGAACUUUUCUUUUUAUUUCAUACCGUACACUUUGUGACAGUCAGUACACUUUUUAAGAAGUUGUCUUAUAUUACUUACCUAAAGGUCACACCCACCAUCACAGUUUUGUCACUGUUACUGGGGGCAUUCUGUGGAUUGCUAUUGGUAAGAGCCACCGUUCCUUUUCCUAAUACAUCCUGUUUUGGAUGAGUUCAGAUUAUAUGCCCUGAUUCCUGAAAUUCCUUCUAUAGUAUUGCUUUGCAAGUUGAAGAGAUUUUUAGGAUGUUAAUGUAGUGCAGUUGCUUGCAUUGCAGUGUUUUCCAUCUGUACAAAACUAUGCUCCUAAAACCCAUAGUUCCUUAAAACUGUGUUUCAUUAUAAGUUGUUUUCGUAUAAUUAUAUUGAGAUAAACAACCUAUAAGGUGAAAUACUACAGGUUUUAAGAUGGGAUCUUCUCUAGUUGCAAUCAUUUUAAACCGUGUGCCCCAGAAUGAAAAAAACUCCAUGGGUUACAUGUACAAUCCCAUUUACUAGUGGCUGCUCUACAUAGUAUGUUCUGUGUUUUGUUAAACAUCUCAGUUUUACAUAUAAUUCAUCAUUAUUGUUUGCCUGCAGAUGUUUGCAGUGCCUUGUAAUAUUUAGAAUCUUUUCAGGUUUUGCUGGAAAGAAAAGUCAUCUUCUAAAGUUUGAAGAUGGGGAAUAGUGUACUGCUGUCUCCAUGCUGACUGCAGUAUCUGGGUUAACAUAUAUGUUACAUAUACAUUAUGUAUAUGUAAUGUGUAAAAGUUAAAGCGUAUAGGAAAAGGGAGUGCGCAGAAAUGAAGAAAACAAUGUUAUUCACUUUGCUGUGGGGUUUUCUUUAUUUGUUCUUAUUUUUUUGUUUGAUUCAGAUUAUAGUCACUUUGAUUGUAAAUAUUGGUUAGUUUUCUAGAGGGAGGUUUGUAUUAUUUCUUAAUUUUGCUAAGUUAGAAUAGUACUGUUUCCGUCCUUGCCUGAAGUACUUUUUCUCUCCCGUAAAUAAUGAAUCAGAUAAUGCUCAGAAGUUCUCUUCAACAAAGAGCCUUUUACAUAUAACACGCCUUCUGUUCAUUUCUAGAAAGCACGCAAACCUUUUCAUUUUCCUUCUUGUAAUCAACGUAAAGGUUGUGCUUAACCACUGUCUUGUGAAGUUUUCUUGGGAGAUAGUCUGUAUGUGCAGCCGCUCUGUUUACUUCUCCAAAUGCACAUCUGAUGAGCGGCAUUGUGUCUUCAUGUAUGGCAACAUAAGCACUCCACCAUGAAGCACUGCUGUUGUGUCUGUGAAGUCGGGUGUAAUAUCCUAAGACUAUGAAACCAUUACUGGUGUAUUCAGUGCAGAUAAACCCUUCAUAUACCUGGAGCAGUCUUGAAUCUAAAGUAAUUUGCUGUAAGUUAACAAAUAAUCCUGCAGUUUUUCAUCUCUUCCUUGCUUCAUAUCAAGCAUAUGUUCUAAUAGUUUGACAGGAAAACUUAACUGUGAAAGUUUAAAAGGCACUUCCGCUGUGAUUUUUGGGUUGAGUGUAGAGUGUUUUUCUAAAGUUAUAAUGGAAUGUUUGUCAUCUGAAGACCCCAGAUUUAAUUGCAGUCCAGUUACUUUUGUUUAUCUACCUCGUUUUUCAGUACUGUUUUAGGUGCACAAGUAAAUGUUGCCUGUGAAACUUGCUCUUUUGCUUUGAUUCUUUAUGUUGUUUAGAUUCUCCAUCUGGCUUGCCUCUUAGUCCUAGCACUCAGCAUGCAUGGGAGAUGAGAGGAACCGUCAUUCUGCCGCCAGUCUGUGUUUAACUGAUGAGAGCCAUAUUCCUGAGUGUUAUAAAGUUAGGGGAUUUGGGGAUGGAAAGCAAAGAGAGAAAUCAAAUUGGUGGCAAUAUAAGACUUAGUGGUGGGAGUUAGUUUUCAAAUAAACAAAUAUUUCAAAUGUAUUGAAGUGAGAUAGUCCCAGUGCCUGUGAAUGCUUUCUCAUCUCGGUUUCUAAAGGGCUAUGGGUUGAAAUUGCUUUAACUACUACAGUGAAAUACUUGACCUCCUAGGCAGUGACCCAUCUUCAAAAUAUUGCCUGGUAUUUACAGUGACGGUUUGUUAUCUUGUAAUGGCAGAAUGCAUUUCAUUUGAAUCAUAGUUGGUAGUAAGGGUUUAGAUAGUUGCUUAUCUAAUCCCUGUAGUUUAUGGAGUUGACUCUUUGCUGUAUUUUCUAAGCAUUAAAAAUAAUACAUUCCCUUUUCCCCCUUUUAAAAGAACCCAGCAAAUGUUUGUAACUGGAUAUUUCCUGUUUCACAUGUUUACCAUGUAACAGUACAUUUUUAAUACUAGUAAAUGCUUAUUUCAGUCAUCGUUCCUAAGUACAUUUCUGAGGUAUAUUUGCCAUCAAUUCAGUUACCUCAUGUUCUGUUUGAUUAAGAAAAAUCUGAGCCUUCUGAGGUGGUAUGCAAGCCAUUUUCUAGAAUAGAUUGUUUGGUUGGUUUUUUUAUCGGUAGUUUACCAGGAACUUAUUUUGCCUCCCUUUCUUUAGAAGAUGUAAUAGAAAGGUUUGUAUGUAUAGAAAAGGCUUUUGAUUUGGUAACUAUAAUUCUAGGGUUAAAAUUUUAAAAUCUAAUCCAGACUACAAAAUGAAAACACUCAAACAUAGUAAAAAAUUCUUCUAAGUAAAAUUAGUAUGCAGUUUAUAUGGAGCCAUACUCUCAGGCCACCCUGGAAAUAGUCUUCUUUUUAUGUGUAUGAAGGAUAAAUUCAAACAUUGAUCCAGGGACCUUGAUGACUAACAUAAAUGGGCCCAAAGUAGUAACCAGGUUAAAGUUCUUUUCCACUGAGAUGGUUCAAAGAGUGUACACAUCAACAGCUCAGAUUCUGGAAGGUUUUCUCUGAAGUAAAACAAUGCAGACUGUUACAAAGCAGAAGGCAGGCAAGAGGGCAAGGGAAGGACUAAGCUCUGAAGGGACAAUGUUCUAAGGUGUGCACUUGUUUCCCUUCUAGCUUUUUACAUUGUAUUUCUUUCGAUAUAAUUUAAGAUUUAAGAUUGAGAUUUGUAGCCCAGACCCCUCAGCAGAUACAGUGGAUAUAGUGAUUGAUGAGAAAGUGCAGUUGAAGGUCUGUCAUGCUCAGUCACUUAAAGUUAUAAUUUGUUUAAUACAAAUAGUAAGCAUGUAGACCUAAUGCAGCAUGGGAGCCACUCAGGAAGUUUAUGCAAUUAAACUUUCAUGCAUAUUUACCAUGAAGUAUGUAGAAUUUCAGCCAAUUCUCAAUACUUAACAUUUAGUUAUAUAUGUGAACUCUCCUUUCUUAAUUCGGGAAUGUAGCAUUAUAUAGAAUGCUGUUCGGUUUAAUUUUAGCCCUUUUUAACAUUACC